GUGCUCUCUAGGUCUUUGUUGGAAACCCCUCCAGCCUGGAGGAGCCAGGUGCAGGGCAGGCGGAAUAAUAACACAAUUGAGAUCUUUACAGUGGGGGCAUCUAAUUACCCACAGUUUAUUACUUUUUGAAAGUGUCUGAAGGUGUCAUAUCAUCUCCCUAGACCUCAGAUUCCAGCUCCCUAAACAGAUUGCGAGGGGUCAGGGUGGCAGCAUCUGUGGUUGAUCCACGUUUGACUCACGUUGGUAAACUGUCCGCACAAUUAAGGCUGAGGGAUAAUCCCCCGACACACACAGACAUACACACGCAUAAUAGCGUGUUGCCUAUGUAUUCACUUGAUUACAAAAGUUCUUCACUUUGAGGAAGAACGAUCUUUAUUAUAUAGGGUAUAUCGUAUAUAUAUUUAUAAGUGACUAAUGUCUCUCACUUUAGGAUCUUUUAAAAAUAAUCGUGUAUGCGAAUUUGAGUUGAGGGAUGUGGCAGAUCUGAUCCUUCGGUGUUUUCUCAGGGUGGAGACGCUCGGAGAGGACAAUGGAGAAGGGUGGGCGCGGUGAGGAGGGAGCUGGGCGCCCCAGACCCCAGUCCCAGGAAAGGCGCCAGGUUCGGCAGCUCCAGCCAGCCUCCACUUCCCUCCAGCGGCGGGAGAGGCGCUGCCCCGAGCCGAGAGCUAGUGGGGCGCCGGGCGGGCUCAAAGUCGGGGCUCCGCACCCCGGGAGGGGCGCUAGGACCCAGGACCCGCCGGCCUCGGGACGUGCCUGGGGAGUGAAGGCGCACAGAGGCUCCGGCUCGCGGCCACAGUCCCUCGGAACGGCCAGACCCUUCCCGCGGGCGCGAGGCUCGGCGCGGGCGCGGAGCCCUGGGCCCUCGGCGGGGCUGCGGGCACGGGCGCCGCCGCCGCCGGCAUGGACCAGCCGCGCUGCCCGCCCGGCGCGCGCCAGCAGGUUUCUUCUGCAGAGGUACGGAUUGGGCCCAUGAGACUGACGCAAGAUCCUAUUCAGGUUUUGCUGAUCUUUGCGAAGGAGGAUAGUCAGAGUGACGGCUUCUGGUGGGCCUGUGACAGAGCUGGUUAUCGGUGCAACAUCGCUCGGACCCCGGAGUCAGCCCUUGAGUGUUUUCUGGAUAAACAUCAUGAGAUUAUUGUCAUCGAUCAUAGACAAACUCGAAACUUUGAUGCAGAAGCGGUGUGCAGGUCGAUCCGGGCCACCAACCCCUCCGAGCACACGGUGAUCCUUGCGGUGGUUUCACAAGCAUCGGGCGACCAUGAAGAGACCUCAGUCCUCCCUCUUCUGCGUGCAGGCUUCAACAGGAGAUUUAUGGAGAAUAGCAGCAUAAUUGCUUGCUAUAACGAACUGAUUCAAAUAGAACAUGGGGAAGUUCGCUCACAGUUCAAAUUACGGGCCUGUAAUUCGGUGUUUACAGCAUUAGACCACUGUCAUGAAGCCAUCGAAAUAACAAGUGAUGACCAUGUGAUUCAGUAUGUCAACCCAGCCUUCGAAAGGAUGAUGGGCUACCACAAAGGGGAGCUCCUCGGGAAAGAGCUCGCCGAGCUGCCCAAAAGCGACAAGAACCGGGCCGACCUUCUCGACACCAUCAAUACGUGCAUCAAGAAGGGCAAGGAGUGGCAGGGGGUUUACUAUGCCAGACGGAAAUCCGGGGACAGCAUCCAACAGCACGUGAAGAUCACCCCAGUGAUUGGCCAAGGAGGGAAAAUUAGGCAUUUUGUCUCCCUCAAGAAACUGUGUUGCACCACCGACAAUAACAAGCAGAUUCACAAGAUUCAUCGGGAUUCAGGAGACAAUUCUCAGACAGAGUCCCACUCAUUCAGAUACAAGAACAGGAGGAAAGAGUCCAUUGACGUGAAGUCGAUAUCGUCUCGAGGCAGUGAUGCACCAAGCCUACAGAAUCGUCGCUAUCCAUCCAUGGCAAGGAUCCAUUCCAUGACCAUCGAGGCUCCCAUCACAAAGGUUAUAAAUAUAAUUAAUGCAGCCCAAGAAAACAGCCCUGUCACAGUAGCAGAAGCCUUGGACAGAGUUUUAGAAAUUUUACGGACCACAGAACUGUACUCCCCUCAGCUGGGUACCAAAGAUGAAGACCCUCACACCAGUGAUCUCGUUGGAGGCCUGAUGACUGACGGCUUGAGAAGGCUGUCAGGAAACGAGUAUGUGUUCACUAAGAACGUGCACCAGAGUCACAGCCACCUGGCGAUGCCAAUAACCAUCAACGAUGUCCCCCCUUCUAUCGCUCAAUUACUCGAUAAUGAGGAAAGCUGGGAGUUCAACAUCUUUGAACUGGAAGCUGUUACACAUAAAAGGCCAUUGGUUUACCUGGGCUUAAAGGUCUUUUCCCGGUUUGGGGUAUGUGAAGUUUUACACUGUUCUGAAACGACGCUUCGGGCCUGGCUCCAAGUGAUCGAAGCCAACUACCACUCCUCCAAUGCCUACCACAACUCCACGCACGCCGCCGACGUCCUGCACGCCACGGCCUUCUUCCUUGGGAAGGAAAGAGUGAAGGGAAGCCUCGAUCAGCUGGAUGAGGUGGCAGCACUGAUUGCGGCCACAGUCCAUGACGUGGACCACCCGGGAAGGACCAACUCUUUCCUGUGUAACGCAGGCAGUGAACUUGCUGUACUCUAUAAUGACACCGCCGUCUUGGAGAGUCACCACACAGCCCUGGCCUUCCAGCUCACGGUCAAGGACAGCAAAUGCAACAUUUUCAAGAAUAUUGACAGGAACCAUUAUCGAACACUGCGCCAGGCUAUUAUUGACAUGGUUUUAGCAACGGAAAUGACAAAACACUUUGAACAUGUGAACAAGUUUGUGAACAGCAUCAACAAGCCACUGGCAGCCGAGAUUGAGGGCAGCGACUGUGAAUGCAACCCUACUGGGAAGAACUUCCCUGAGAACCAAAUCCUGAUCAAGCGCAUGAUGAUUAAGUGCGCCGACGUGGCCAACCCCUGCCGCCCCCUGGAUCUGUGCAUCGAAUGGGCCGGGAGGAUCUCGGAGGAGUAUUUCGCACAGACGGACGAAGAGAAGAGACAGGGGCUGCCCGUGGUGAUGCCAGUGUUUGACCGGAACACCUGCAGCAUCCCGAAGUCCCAGAUCUCCUUCAUUGACUACUUCAUAACAGACAUGUUUGAUGCUUGGGAUGCCUUUGCACACCUGCCAGCCCUCAUGCAGCACUUGGCCGACAACUACAAACACUGGAAGACGCUGGAUGACCUCAAGUGCAAAAGCCUGAGGCUUCCAUCUGACAGCUAAAGCCAAGACAGACGAGGGGCCUCCUGAUCUGCAGAGGGCACCGAGAAGCGCAGCAGCGUGCGCAAGAGGCUUGCUUUUAUCAUGAAAACGACAGGCGGAGGUUAAGGAGCGAAUGUUUAAUACUGGACUCUCAAUCACUCAAGUCCCCAAAUUUCAUUUUUAGAAAGUUCUGUUCUGUGAAGAAGAAUAUACAUUCUUUGGAACAAUCACUUAGUGACAGAACAAACACAUGGCACAAUGCUUUGCCCUGCUGUCAUCCUGUGUGCCCUUGUCAAACCAUGGAGCGACCAAGACUUGGUGCCGGGGAGCCCAUCUCUCUGGAUGAUGACCAAGUAGCUUAGCUGGUGUUCAGCUCAUCUCUUACCAUAAAAAUCACCAUCACUGUUUAACUUGACUGUCUUCCUCAAGAGUAUCGGUCUGAAGGAUUCCCAAGAAUAUCUAAGAAAAAAAACUAUACAAAAUGAGCAAAACAACCGGGACCAAAUUACCGAUAAAUUAGUUAGCAUCACAGCCUCAGUGGCUAGGUGGUUCUUCUGACGGAUGGUGUGACAGCCAAGCUCAAACACAGCCUUGGUCUGGUGAGUGCUUUGUCUGCAUUGGUAGCAGCCUGUAGCCCUCUUUCCUGUAAAAGGGAUUCGUCUUAACAGAAAGCCAUCCAUGAUGGGGAAGGGAGGGGCAUUUUGUUUUGGGGGAGUCCACGAGUUUCCCUUAUUUCUGGUUUACAGAGGCAGUCACAAGGCACUAUAGUGAGUAUUAUAUAAAAGCCAUCAAAUCUGAAUGCCCUUGGACAAGCUUUUUUUAAAAAGAUAAAAUUUAUACACAUUUGCUGUUUAAAAUUUUUAUUAAAGCAAUCUAAACUUUC